AUGGUCGCCAUUCGCUCCUUUUUGAUUCUCUCUGCUGCGGCUGGCAUUGCCUCUGCUGGGAAAUGCAAGCCUGAAAGCCGGUCGAGCUCCAUCGUCCCAGUGGCAAGCAGCACUGGUUCCGCCAGCGUCAGCGUGAUUGAGUCUAGUGCUACUCUGGCUGGCACGACCACGGAAACGACCCUUACCAAGUCUGCUACAGAGACUGCUUCUGAUGAGACUGCCUCAGCAAGCGGUUCGGCCUCAGCCACGAUCGUCGAGUCUUCUACCACUCUGUCCGAUACCACCGUUGAAACAAGCAUUGCGGAGUCUACUGCUUCCAGCGCCACCUCUGCCGAUAUCAGCACAACCGAGUCCAAACUCACGACCUUCCUCACCUCUUUUAGCACGUCCAACGCAGACACCACUACCGAAGCUGCAACCACCACUACAGCUGCACCUGGGCCUGUCGUAUCAUGCCCUUCCGACGUUGAUCAAUGCCUUGGUACCAUGGAGAUUCAAUGUGACGUGCUCCUUGGAGGAUUGAACAGCCCUAGCACUGUCGCUGACAUGAACGCAUGUGCUCAGCAAUGCAACUCCGACACUUCUUGCAGAGCCUUCACAUAUAAUGAGUACAUGUAUUCAUGCUUCAUUAUCACUACCCAAGAAAUCGUUCCCUCCAAUGUUGGUGGCUGGGUAGCUGGCAUCAAGGGAACGUGCGGCGAAACCACCGAGUCCAGCAGCACAGUCUUUACAUCCACUGCCGAGACCACUACAACCGAGGCGGCCACAACCACGACUGCAGCGGCACCGCCGGUGGACAACUGCCCCCCGGAGACUGGCUUCUGCUUCGGCACAGCGGUGCUCCAGUGCGACAUUGUUAUUAACGAUGGUCUGAUCUUUUCUGGGGGCGGCAGUCUCACGCAGUGUGCUCAGAUCUGUGCAAUAGAUGAUUUAUGCACUGGCUUUUCCCAUAGACGGUCCGAUGGUGCGUGUUAUACCAGUCACAACGAGGCUCUUACCUCAACUACGCAAGAGGGAUGGGACACCGGUAUCUCGUACUCUUGCGCCACUUAG